AUGGGAGCAGGCAACACCAGCGAGUUGAGUGGAUUCUUCCUCGUCGGCCUCACCAAUGAUCCUCAACUUCAGCCCAUCCUCUUUGCCCUCUUCUUCUUCAUCUAUGUAGUCACAGUGGUGGGAAACCUGGGCCUCCUUGCCCUCACUGUGGUCAGCCCACGACUUCACACUCCCAUGUAUUUCUUUCUCAGCAACCUGUCCUUUCUUGACUUCUGUUAUUCUUCGGUGACAGUCCCAAAAAUGUUGAUGGGGUUUUUCUCUGGUUGCCAAACCAUCUCCUCUGGUUGUGUGGUCCAGACAAGCUGCUUUUUGAUCUUUGCUGUCACGGAGUUCUUCCUCCUAGCGUCAAUGGCCUAUGACCGUUAUGUGGCCAUCUGCAACCCUCUGCUGUACCAUAUCAUCAUGUCUCCAAGGCUCUAUUUGCAGCUAGUGGCUGCCAGCUAUGCAGUGGGCCUGAUGAACAUGGUGCUCCUCACUAGCACAACCUUUCAUCUGACCUUCUGUGAGUCCCAUGUCAUCACUCACUACUUCUGUGAUAUACUUCCUCUUUUAAAACUCUCUUGCUCUGACACACAGGUCCUGCAGCUUCUCCUGUUUGCUUGCGGUGGCUUUAAUGUGUUUGUGUCCCUGCCAAUUGUCCUGGUCUCCUACAUAUGUAUCUUCUUGGCUAUCAUCAGAAUCCCCUCAGUCCAGGGCAAACACAAGACAUUCUCCACCUGUGCUUCCCACCUGACUACUGUCAGCCUGUACUACGGAACCACAGUGUUCAUUUACUUGCGCCCAUCCUCUGAGUACUUAAUAGGCAGAGACAACUUGGUCUCUCUAUUCUACACAGUGGUCAUCCCCAUGCUCAAUCCCAUGAUCUACAGUCUGAAGAACAAAGAUGUGAAGGAAACAUUUGGGAAUGUUCUCGAAAAGACCUCAUAA